CGGACUUUUUAAGGGCUUUUUUCCUAGUUAGCGAUGUGCAUUUCUAACUGUUGAUGCGCAUCUGUAUGUUUCAGUGGUGUGGAGAGACAGAUGAAGCCUCGCGUUUGAAUGAGCAAAGCUUUUUCUGAUGCAUUUCGAGAAGUUUUCUAAGUUGGAACUAUUUUAUGCUGGUAUUGUAGCUCAUCUUUAAGUUUUUUUUUCACCCCUUGUCCUACCUGUAUUUUUUUGCGCGCGGGAUUUAAUUGGCUGUGGACAAGACGCGGAUAUAUAUUUGUUUUUCAAAUAGCCUACGCAUUAGUUUAUUUUGUUGUUUUUGCAUAUUUUUUUUUUCUUUUGUUAUUGGGCUGCUCUCAGCCUCAGAGGAUUUAUGAUGCGGUGGGUGAAGUAUUGGGGGACAGUGGCUGUGCUGUGCGGGCUGCUGUGCUGUGCUGUGAAUGGAUGCCCGCAUAAGUGCAGUUGUUCGGGCUCUCAUGUGGAUUGUCAGGGUCUAGGCUUCAGGACGGUGCCCAGGGGAAUCCCGAGGAAUGCCGAGAGACUGGAUCUGGACCGGAAUAACAUCACCCGGAUCACCAAAGUGGACUUCUCUGGCCUCAAGAACCUGCGCGUGCUACAUCUGGAGAACAAUCAGAUAAGUGUGAUCGAAAGAGGAGCAUUUCAGGAUCUCAAACAGCUUGAGAGAAUCCGCCUGAACCGGAACCGGCUGCAGGUCCUGCCGGAGCUGCUGUUCCAAUCCACACCCAAGCUGGGCCGACUGGACCUGAGCGAGAAUCAGAUUCAGGCUGUUCCUCGUAAGGCUUUCCGAGGGAUCACCGCCGUCAAGAACCUGCAACUGGACAGCAACCACAUCAGCUGCAUCGAAGAUGGAGCCUUCCGAGCCCUGCGCGAUUUGGAGAUACUCACUCUCAACAACAACAACAUCACCCUCAUCCCACUGUCAAGCUUCAACCACAUGCCCAAACUGCGGACACUGAUUUGCUGCCUGACUAGAGGCUCUGUGGUGACGCCGUGCCAGUUUUCAGAGCUGUGGUCUUCAGUUUUCCUCCUGAUCUGUUAUUUUUCCAUCUUUUCCUCCUCCCCAGGUCCUGCUCAGACGGAGCCAAGGUCAUGCGCUCCCCAGGCGUCCAUCUGCCCUGCUGCCUGCACCUGCAACAACAACAUUGUAGACUGCCGUAAAAAAGGCCUGACGGAGAUUCCUGCCAACCUGCCUGAGGGAAUUGUAGAAAUUCGUCUGGAGCAGAACAUGAUCAAGAGCAUCCCAGCAGGAGCGUUUUCCACGUACAAGAAACUGAAGAGAAUAGACCUGAGCAAGAAUCAGAUAUCUGAGAUUGCAGAAGAUGCGUUUAGUGGCCUGCGCUCGCUCACUUCACUGGUCCUGUAUGGAAAUAAAAUCGCAGAGAUCCCAAAGGGACUGUUUGAUGGCCUGGUCUCCCUGCAGCUGCUACUGCUGAAUGCCAACAAGAUCAACUGUCUUCGAGUGAACACUUUCAAAGACCUGCAGAACCUCAACCUGCUGUCCCUCUACGACAACAAGCUUCAGACCAUCAGCAAAGGCCUGUUCACCCCUCUGCGCUCCAUCAAAACACUACAUCUCGCUCAGAAUCCCUUCAUGUGUGACUGUCAUCUGAAGUGGCUGGCCGACUACCUGUUUGACAAUCCAAUUGAGACCAGCGGAGCUCGAUGCAGCCACCCGCGCCGCCUCGCCAACAAACGCAUCAGCCAGGUUAAGGGCAAGAAGUUUCGCUGCACAGGUGCGGAGGACUACCGCAGUCGUCUCAGCAGCGAGUGUUUUCAGGACCUGGUUUGUCCCGAGCGCUGUCGGUGUGAGGGAACGGUGGUGGACUGCUCCAACCUCAAACUCACCAAAACACCCCCUCACCUGCCAGAGCACACCACCGACCUACGGCUGAACGACAAUGAAAUCUCCGUCCUAGAGGCUACAGGGGCCUUCAAGAAGCUGCCAAACCUGCGCAAGAUAAACUUAAGUAAUAAUAAACUCCGGGACAUCCGUGAGGGGUCGUUUGAUGGGGCCGGAGGUGUUUUGGAGCUGCUGUUGACCGGAAACAAGCUGCAGUCGGUCAGCGGACGGAUGUUCAAGGGUUUGAGCGGCCUCAAAACGUUGAUGCUGAGGAGCAAUCAGAUCAGCUGUGUGGAUAACGCCACCUUCACCGGCCUGAGCUCCGUUCGCCUGCUUUCCCUCUACGACAACCGGAUCUCCACUAUCGCCCCGGGAGCUUUCAACACCCUGCAUUCCCUCUCCACCAUUAACCUGCUGUCUAAUCCCUACGUGUGUGACUGUCACUUAGCCUGGCUGGGACUGUGGCUUAAGAAGACCAGGGUGGUUAGUGGCAACCCACGCUGCCAGAAACCUGCCUUCCUGAAGGAGAUCCCCAUACAAGAUGUAGCCAUGCCUGAUUUCUCCUGCGAUGGUGCGGAAGAGAAUGUCUGUCUGCCGUCGGCCCCUCACUGUCCCGAUUCCUGCACAUGCUCGGACGCGGUGGUGCGCUGUAGUAACCGCGGGCUGCGUUCGCUGCCUAAGGGUAUCCCUAAAGAUACAACUGAACUAUAUUUGGAAGGAAACCUCCUCACCUCCGUGCCCAAAGUGCUUGCUAAUCUGAAACAACUGACACUGCUAGACCUCAGUAAUAACAGCAUCAGUCUUCUUGCCCCUCUCACCUUCAACAACCUGACGCAGCUCGCCACCCUUAUCCUGAGCUAUAAUCAGAUUCGCUGUGUCCCGGUUCAUGCAUUUGAUGGCUUGCGUUCUCUCCGCCUGCUAACCCUCCACGGAAAUGACCUUUCAACUAUUCCAGAGGGAGCCUUCAGCCACUUGACAUCUCUGUCUCAUCUGGCUCUAGGUGCGAACCCCCUGUACUGUGAUUGCGAGCUGCGCUGGUUGUCUCAGUGGGUGAAGGCUGGGUUUAAAGAGCCUGGCAUCGCCCGCUGCGCUGGACCACCAGACAUGGCCGACCGACUGCUGCUUACCACCCCUCUCAGUCAAUUCCAGUGCAAGGGUCCAGCAGAUUUGAAUCUGAUGUCCAAGUGCGCCCCCUGUCUGGCGACUCCCUGUCAGAACAACGGCACAUGUGUGAGUGAUGUCACGGGCUCCUACCACUGCACCUGCCCUUUUGGCUACAAGGGUCGUAACUGUGAGAUCCCCAUUAACGCCUGCAUCAGCCUGCCGUGUGUUAAUGGAGGCACAUGCCACCUCACACCUGGACUGGAUGGGCACUACAGCUGUGUGUGUCCGCCUGGGUAUGAGGGCCAGCAGUGUGAGCUGAAUCCUGAUGACUGUGAAGACAACGACUGUGAGAAUAACUCCACCUGUGUGGAUGGCAUCAACAACUACACCUGCAUCUGCCCUCCGAACUACAGAGGUGAUCUGUGUGAGGAGGUGAUUGACCCCUGUCUGCCCGGGUUUGACCUCUGCCAACACGACUCUAAGUGUGUUCCCCUCAGUAAGGGCUACAGGAAAGUAGCCACAGAUAAGGACAAUGGCAUUCUGUUGUAUAAAGAGGACCAUGACCCACUCGCCCUAGAGCUGUACCAGGGACACAUACGUUUGAUCUAUGAUGUUGCCAAGUACCCCCCAACCACAGUGUACAGUGUGGAGUCAAUGAAUGAUGGUCUUUUCCACACGGUGGAGGUCCUGAUCCAGAAUCAGACGCUGAGUUUGGUGGUGGAUAAAGGGGCACCGAAAAGCCUGGGCAAACUCCCCCGUCCUCCGGCUGUGGACCACAACACACAACUCUACAUAGGCGGUGUGCCCUCUCUGAUUGACACAGCAGGCCUGCGACCGGGUCCAGACCGUCCAUUACAGUCCUUUAACGGCUGCAUUCAUGACGUACGGCUCAACGGAGAACUCCAGGACAUCGGCGGUGGGCUGGCAGGGGUGGAGGGCAUCUUGCCGGGCUGUCACUCCUGCAGCGUCUGUGCUCUCGGGGCCUGCAGACAGAGAGGAGAGGCAGGCGUGACCUGCGAGUGUCCCAGCGGCCACAGCGGCCCACUGUGUGAAGAGACCACCUCCCAGAGCCCCUGUCAGAGCAGCAGGUGUGUACACGGUGUGUGUGUGCCGAAGGGCUCCACGUACAGCUGCUCUUGUGCAGAAGGAUACUCUGGUCAGUUCUGUGACAGGAGGGAAGAGUCCUCCGUCUGCAAGGGGCUGCACUGUGUGCACGGAGAGUGCAGGGUGACGGAGAGCGGAGAGCCAGUUUGCCUCUGCCAGUCUGGGUACAGUGGGCCAUCCUGUGAAACAGAGCCGACAUGCCAAGGAGAGUUGGUCCGUGAGCUGCUCAAGCGUAAUAUGGGUCAUAAAAACUGCACCUCCACCAGUAAAAUGGCUCGGUGUCCAAGCGCCUGCCACUCGGGCCUGUGCUGCGCCCCCACCAAGAGCCGGAGACGGAAGGUCAACUUCAAGUGCUCCGACGGAUCCUCCUUUUCCGAGGAGAUGGAGACCACCGUGGAGUGCGGCUGCACAAAGUGCCCAUUGUAAUAUUAGCCAACCUUCCCCCCUCGUCCCAAACCUGGAGAAGAAGACGGAGAGGAAAAGAAAAUAUAUUGUAAAAUAAAAAAAACACAAAUAGAACUUAUUUUUAUUAAGGGAUGUUUUUUUAAAGAAAGAGACUGCUUUUAUGAUGUUGCUUAUAUGAAACGUAAUUUUGUAUCGUCGGACAAAAUCACACAGAUUAACAUUCCUGAAAAUAUACGAAUGAUAUAAAUAUGUAUAAAUCUAUAUAAAUGUACAACCUAACCUGAGAAUUAAUUCGGUCUGUGUAUUGCAUGUCUGUUGUGAAGUGUGAGAGCGGAGAGAAAUUGUAAUGGAGGAGCUGAAAUGUGCCCAAUCAGGCGAGGACUCUCUAGACUCUCUAACACAGGAAGCGGUGAGCCAACUUCCUGUGCUCUGGUGGCGGCAACAAAUGAACUGCUUCCUAACGGACCUCAGAGAGCUCACCUGUGGAUUUCAAGGACGGAGCUUCGAGUGGGAUGGGCUGAUAUUUUGUACUUUAGGUGUUGCUUUGCAAAGCUCAUCGGCGUGGCUCUGGUUUACAAGCUGCAACUCAUCGGAGGGAAUUUUUUGCAUGACUGCAUGGAAGAGUUAAAUGUGAACGGUCAGGCAGUAAAGCUAUUGUAGUACUUUGAUAGUUAAACGCUCUCUACCUGUUUUACCUUGUACAGUUGAAAUCCAAAUGCAAUCGUCACAGGUGAUGCAGGUGACCGCGUCUCUGGUGCAAAGCACUUCAUACUGACGUAGCAUUCCAUCAUAACCGUCCUUUACUAAAAUAUUAAAUGCAAAUAUAUUACACCCAUUACUACUGUAUUGUUUCAUGUGUACCCUUUUUGUUUUAAUUUUUCAGAUGUAACACUCAGUGUCUUACUCGGAGAGCCCGAGGUCUAUAGAUAUUCCCAAGGAAAAGCUAAUCAGUGUUAAUGAACAUUCCUCCUCGUUCUGUCUCGCCCCUGUUCACCACAUACUGUUGUAUAAGGUUAUAUAAGGUAGGAAUCCCCAGUGAACGAUGUAACUGAGCUUGUGCAGGAAGUGUCAUGUUAGCACCUCGAAUCAGAAGACUGGUUGUUAUACGGUGCAUUUUCUAAUAAUGUUUUGUUAAAUAUGAAUUAGAGAGUGAUGAUUAACUUACAGUGAAUGUUG